UCACAGCUGCACGCCCACGCCCUCGCCUUGUCUCCCUCUCCCUCCUCGCCCCCGCCCACCCGCACCAAGCACCACGCGCCGACCUGUCCCUGGACCUGACCCAGCUCACACGCGCAACAGGGCGCCGCGCGAUGGCCUCCGCCCGCCUCGUCGCGCACGCCGCCUUCCUCCUUCUCCUCCUCCUCGCCCUGGGCCCGGGACGGGAGGCGCGCGCGGCGGACGACGGCGAGGUGCGCGCGCUGCUGGCGCUGGGGGCCGCGCUGGACCCGACGGGCCGCCUGCUCCCGUCGUGGGCGCCCGGCCGCGACCCCUGCGCGCCGCCGCCGUCGUCCGGCGGCGGGUUCGAGGGCGUCGCGUGCGACGCCCGCGGCGCCGUCGCCAACGUCUCGCUGCAGGGGAAGGGGCUCGCCGGCACGCUCACCCCCGCCGUCGCGGGGCUCCGCUCCCUCACGGGGCUCUACCUCCACUACAACGCCCUGCGCGGCGGCAUCCCGCGGGAGCUGGCGGCGCUCGACGCGCUCACCGACCUCUACCUCGACGUCAACAACUUCUCGGGGCCCAUCCCGCCGGAGAUCGGCGCCAUGGCGUCACUGCAAGUGGUGCAGCUCUGCUACAACCAGCUCACCGGGAGCAUCCCCACGCAGCUGGGCAACCUCACCAGGCUCACCGUGCUGGCCCUGCAGUCCAACCAACUCAACGGCGCCAUCCCGGCCAGCCUCGGCGGCCUGCCGCUGCUCGCGCGCCUCGACCUCAGCUUCAACCGCCUCUUCGGCUCCAUCCCCGUCAGGCUCGCGCAGCUGCCCAGCCUCGCCGCGCUCGACGUCAGGAACAACUCACUCACCGGCAGCGUGCCCGCCGAACUGGCCGCCAAGUUGCAGGCCGGCUUCCAGUACGGGAACAACAGCGACCUGUGCGGCGCCGGGCUGCCCGCGCUCCGCCCGUGCACCCCGGCGGACCUCAUCGACCCCGACAGGCCCCAGCCCUUCAGCGCAGGCAUCGCGUCCCAGGUCACGCCCUCCGGCGGCGGCAACGGGCGCGCGCCAUCGACCAGGGCGCUCGCGGCCGUGGUUGUCGCCGCCGUGGCCCUCCUCGCGGCCACGGGGGUCGGCCUGUUCGCGCUCUCGUGGCGGCGGUGGCGCCGGCAGAGGGUCGCGGGGGGCUCGCCGUCGACGAUCUCCGGCGGCCGGUGCAGCACCGAGAACGCGCCUUCGGCGGCCAAGGCGUCGCCGUCGGCUCGCAAGAGCGCGUCGUCGGCGCUGGCGAGCCUCGAGUACUCCAACGCCUGGGACCCGCUGGCGGACGCGCGCGGCGGGCUGGGCUUCCUCUCGCAGGACGUGCUGGCGCAGAGCCUCCGGAUCAGCACGGAGGAGGUGGAGUCCGCGACGCGCUACUUCUCGGAGCUCAACCUCCUCGGGAAGCGCGGCAAGAAGGCCGGCGGCCUCGCGGCCACGUACAGGGGCACGCUCCGCGACGGCACCUCGGUGGCCGUGAAGCGGCUCGGCAAGACGUGCUGCCGGCAAGAGGAGGCCGAUUUCCUGAAGGGGCUGAGGCUUCUCGCGGAGCUCCGGCACGACAAUGUGGUCGCUCUGAGGGGGUUCUGCUGCUCCAGGGCGCGCGGGGAGUGCUUCCUCGUCUACGACUUCGUGCCCAACGGCAGCCUGUCGCAGUUCCUCGACGUCGACGCCGACACCGGCGGCGGCGGCCGUGUCCUCGAGUGGCCCACGAGGAUCUCCAUCAUCAAGGGCAUCGCCAAAGGAAUUGAGUAUCUGCACAGCACAAGGACGAACAAGCCCGCUCUCGUCCACCAGAACAUCUCAGCGGACAAGGUCCUGCUGGACUACACGUACAGGCCCCUCAUCUCCGGGUGCGGCCUGCACAAGCUCCUCGUGGACGACCUCGUCUUCUCGACGCUCAAGGCCAGCGCCGCCAUGGGGUACCUCGCGCCGGAGUACACCACCGUGGGCCGCUUCUCGGAGAAGAGCGACGUCUACGCGUUUGGGGUCAUCGUGCUCCAGGUGCUCACCGGCAGGAGGAAGGUGACCACGACUCAGCUGCCAGACAACGUCGAUGAGCUCGUCGACGGCAACCUGGAGGGGAAUUACUCGGCGACCGAGGCCGCCAAGCUGGCGAAGAUCGGCUCGGCUUGCACCAGCGAGAACCCGGACCAGAGGCCGACGAUGGCAGAGCUGCUCCAAGAACUGGGCACCAUCUGAUGGAGGUGCAGCAAAUUUUCACCCAUCCACUGUAACUGCUUCAGCAUGCAAGAGUCACAUGCCUGACAGUGUGUCGAUCAUGGGCCUGCAGUUGUAACCUAGCUACCUGUCUAGGAUCACCAGUCAGUAAUCACUGAUCUUAGAAAGCAUCUGAGCUAGGCUCCUACUAAUUAGCUAGUAAUCACUGAUCUUAGGAAGCACAUGCCUGGGAUCAUGAGAUCUUGUAUGCUAAUGAUGUGUCGUUACCACCGCUCUGAAAAGUGUGCAUUGUUUGGAUGUGCUCUAGCCUCUACAUGGUAAUAGACCCUUAGGUGAACGUGAAUGCAGACAUUUCCUGCAAGACCUUUUGUUGAGACCUUGUGACUCCAAAGUGUACCAUGCAACCCUGUGUGCCAAUUUUUGGCUGGAUCCUCCUGGGGUGAAACGGCUGGCACCAUCCCAGGGAGGAAGGAGCCAAGGGUCCUGGAAGACAUGUGAGCUAUAGAUUGUUGUGUUGUCU